GCCACCACAAGGAUGACAACAGCAGUGAAAAGAAGACCAAUAGUUUCUUUCCAGCAUCUCCAAUUCAAUGAGAGCUGUGGCUGGCUUGUAUAUAUACAAGCCAGGGCAAUUUAUAUUCAAAAAUUCCCAACCGACCCGAAGGCCAAUUGGAGUGGUCAAACUAGGUAGUUUUCAACUAGCAAAAACACGGUCUCGGAUGUCUCCUCACUGACAC